UUCAUCAAGGCUUGCUUCCGUCCUUCACUAACAUCUCGGCUUUGGAAAAAACCGGUAUUGCAGCCUGGGAUAUUGUGUCAUUCCAGCAGUGUACGUGAAACGUAUUUAAAAUCUGCAAUCAAUCGUAGGCCGAUUGUUAGCAUGCCCGAUGUUGGAAAUGUCCUCACAAAUGCCUUAACAGUCAAUACUAGGCCUAAUACGUGUAAGUAUCAUAAGCACCAGGUUGAUGACUGCCAACAAGAAAGGGAUGUGGUUUCAGUAAAGCCAAUGCCAGAUCACAUUGUCAUUAAAGUUCGAAACGGCGAGGAGAUCAAGACAAGUGGAAUGUGGCUUAGAGAUCACUGCAGAUGCGAUUUAUGUUAUAGUGAAAGCCGCAACCAGAGUCUUUAUGAUCCGGGUAGUAUAUCUAGCAAACCAACAAUAGUUGAAUUGAUCCAUAACGAAAAUGAAAUUUGUGUUGAGUGGGACGACGGACACCGAAGUGCCUAUGAAACGACCUGGAUUAUGAACUGCCUGCUAAACAAACGACCUCGAUACCCAAAUAAGCAGCUAUGGAAUGUUGAAAAAAUAAAAUCUGCAAACAUUUCAAUGAUUUCUUAUAAAGAUUAUAUGAAUGAGACUGACGCGUUGGCUGAAUGCCUAAGAAACCUUUAUACAUACGGACUAGCUUUCGUAGAUGAUGUUCCGGUAAAUAGAGAGACCUUAAUAGAAAUAUCGGAGAGAAUAAGCUUUUUAAGAGAAUGUGAACACGGAAAAGACGAUAUUUUCGUAUCAACGUCGCAGACGAUGUACAAGGAUAUAGCAUUCACAAAUCAAGAUCUUGGCUUCCAUGCCGACAGUGCUUACAAUGCAGAACCUCCCGGGUGUCCAUUACGUAGGAAAAUAUCCAGUAUUCACUGUAAUCGAUGACGAAGUCAAGAUACUCAGAUAUCAGCCAACUGACCGACGGUUUAUCCCACAUCUCUCACUUGAGCAGACGGAACUAUUUUACGACAGCUUGCGUGUGUUUUACCAGAAAAUCUACAGCCCUGAAAAUGAGUACUGGUUGAAAUUGCAACCUGGUCGCGUAUUACUACUCGAUAACUACCGCUUACUUCAUGGACGUUCAAAAUUCACUGGCUCACGAGUCUUACGAAAUACUGUUCUUCCUAGAGAUGAGGUGGACAGUCGUAUCAGAGUCUUAACCGGCCUUGGAUAAACCAUGGAGGAAUUAAUUCCUCCAUGGAUACACCAUGAUUAACAAGCACUGAAUGAGGCCUAGCCACGCGAUUUGACCUAACUACAAUAGUGUCAAACACUAAAGGAAUAGUAAAAACAAACCAUAUACAAUGUAGUUUAUAUAAUGUUUACACAUGUUGAUAAUUUUUGUUUACUAUAUUCAUUUUCAUUUUUAUUUUUCACGCAUCAUAUUUACGCAAAAUCAAAUUUUAGAUAGAUUGGGCCCAUAGAAGAUCGAAAACGGAUUGUGUACAAACUGAUGAUCGACGUUCUCGAACAACGGUCGGGAAACCAUGGUUUGCGACCCAAAUUUAGGUAGCGAGAAAUCGUUGGUGGGCAAUGGCAUUUAGUUUGAAAGUUCCUAUCAUCGUCGAAUGUCAAGACAUGCAAUCAUCUCUCAGCUCAAAAUCUGUUAUACUGUACAGAGUUAAUUCUCUGCUGUCUCAAUGAUUUCGAUUGAUUAUUCCUCGAUUUCUAAUUAUUCCACUCUAAACAAGUAAACAAGUAAUGGUUAAUUAAUUUAUUCAAAUGCUGACCUCUUGAGUAUUAAAAUUAACGAUGAUAUUCACUAGAAGUAGGCCUGCGUAUUUAGUUUAUUCCCACCGUGGGUCGGAAAUCAUGUUUCAAUGGCUUACUGGAUCAUGGGCCAAAGGAUUUUUCGACUGCUGAUCUAGAAAAAAUUGUGACAAUGUAAUGGAUACAGUAUCGGUAGUGAGUUUUCAUAUUAUGUUUCUUGGUGCCGUAAUUGCAUACUUUAAUUUUACAUGUUAUAUUUCAAUCUACAAUAUCUUUGUCUUUUGUUUAUCACAGUCUAUAGCCACCAAUAUAAUUUCAACAUUAUCAUAUAUACAGUACAACAAGGUAGUGGGACAUAACAGUGAUUGAUAUUCGAAAUAUUCAUGCUCAGUUUAAACUUAGAGGAUUUUUAAUUAACAUGUCUAUUAAUCAAAGAUUAUUAAGUUAUAUUGUUUCUCAAAUAUUCCCUAUACGGUUGUGUUAACCUAAUUGACAAUCACUGUUUUUAUAUUAUUUAUAUUAUAAAAAACUAAUAGGCCAUAUGUUGUAUGUGCUUUUGAGGUUUCCUAAUGAAAAGAUCUUUAUUAUAUAUGUAUUUUCAUAAACAUACAAAAGAAGUAAAGUAUGAAUUGUAUACGAUUCACAAAAUUGAUGGUGAAGUUAAUAUAAUAAAGCCUUCACAUGAUCGUCUGUCGUUAUAUUAAA